AAUGGUCACUCCCUAAAGAAGCUUGUUGAGCUCCUUGUUGUUACGUUACAUCUAAAAGGAAGUGGAGGACUUUGGAGUACUGCUGGUAAUAGGCAAAAAAUCCAAGAUAUAUCUUUCAAACAAAAGAAGGAUGUGUAUGAAAUCCAAAAGCUUCUGCAAGAUAAUGUCCACAAGAAUGUACAGAAGGUAGAUGAGGAUGGUGUCAACAUUCUGGAUGAAAGAGUGCCUCUGAAGCUGGAUAAACAAAUAGUAUGCAGUUUCAGCUUAAAUCCAAUUGGAUUCAUGAAAUCAGCCUUUGUGCAGAAGAGUGGCACUCCCCGGCAAGGAUGUCUGGCGUCUGACAGCAAUGGCAGCAUUCGCAUUUCCUCAGAUACUUUCAACAAUCCUCAUCACAGUUUAGAAGGCUUGGACCAAUACUCUCAUGUCUGGCUGCUCUUCAUAUUCCAUGACAAUGGCAAAGGCUUUACUAAAGCCAAAGUGUCGCCUCCUCGUCUGUGUGGGGACAAGCUGGGGGUGUUUGCCACUAGGUCUCCUCACCGACCUAACCCCAUAGGACUCACGCUUGCUAAACUCAACUCUGUGGUUGGCGACACCGUGCACGUUUCGGGCGUGGAUCUGCUAGAUGGUACUCCUAUCUUGGACAUAAAACCUUUCAUACCAGCCUACGACAAUCCUGUGAGCCACGACGACUCUUCCUUACGCGUCCUUGCGCGCACAGGCAGCAGCUGCAGUGGUGAACAAGCUAUUGCAAGAAAAAAAAUUGAGCCCAAAUGCAAUGAAUUAAAUGAGAAUUCUUCAUUGAAUACCAAAAAUCUUGUGGAACUCUCACAAGAAAAUCUCAUCGCCGAUUAUGAUGGAAAAUCUAGCGUAUCAUCUGAACUAACUAAUCCAUUGUUGCUUCAUACAAGUCCUGUAGAUGAAGCAAAGUUAAAAUCAGAAAAAAUCUUCAAAUUGCAUCAAAGUUCAAAACGUCUUGUCCAAGAAGAUUUUGAAUGCAAUUCAUGUGUUCCGGAAACCUUGACGAUUCCAGAUUCGGAUUUAAAAGCAAGCAAUAAAGUGCCUUAUGAUUCGAAGAGUACGUGCACAACAGUGGCUUUGAGCUCCUCUCAACAAAUGAAAAAUGCUGCUCUGAUGGGUCAAGUUCUACAGGAACUCGAAGACCAGACACAAGUGUGUGUUCGCACAGCCCAGUGGCUGCAAGACGCGCAGCAGCGAAGUUUGAAUGUCGUGGUCAAUCCUGUGGCUGAGAAACAACUGCUCAGAUUUUCUUCUAAUGCUGAGAAGGAAGAAUUCAGACUGAAGUUUACAAAGGACAGCUCAGGACUCCGGAACCUGAUCGUAAGCAGCGUGGGCUCGGAUGUACGGUCACAUUACCGUCGCGCGCACUGUCCUGACCUGCUGUAUCACUACUGCGUCGACUGCGUCAGGGUGACUGCAGUGUUCCUCGGCGACGACCAAGUUGAAAUACUCAGAGUCACGCCUAUCAGGCUCGAUUUGCCUCCAUAGAGAUGCAAGGAUGCUCGUAGGAUGAGGAAGUUCAUCACACGAUUUUGGAGUAAUAAAUGAGAAUUAGUGAUUGUGCUUGAUUUGUUAACAAGGGAUGUGUAAGGAGAUUCGAUACUGCCAUAAGAGGUAAAAUUUGUUUAAGGAGCAUCGCUCGAACUUCGUGUUACGAACAACGACAAAACAUACAAGGAACUUGAUAUUAGGGAAGCUAAGACCAUAAGAGAAUUCUAAAAGGGAAUAAUGAUCAGAUGCCGGUUAAUUAGAUAAUUAAUUGCAUUAGAAGUCAUACCAUUGCAUGGCGUUCGGCCGUGUUGCUGUUCUUAUAGGUUUAAUUGUAUGCUAGAAUAAAAAAUUUCUCGUGAUCGAUUCCAUCGAUUGAUACUUUCUAAAGAAAAGAAAUGAUGGGUUGCAGAACUUCUCGUGUCGCUAACUUUUACCUAAUAAAGGAUUAUGUUGGAAAUUUA